CUUAUUUAAGCUUCAUUCGAUAAUAUAUAAAGAUGACGGACUGGUUGCAUUGUAAUAAAUGUUACAUAAAAGUACAACCAGACAUUAAGAUGUUUCUAGUAGAAUGUGCUCAUAUAUUUUGUGAAAAGUGCAUAAAAAGAGUUGGUGAUGAAAAAUGCCUCAUAUGUCAAAAAUCCAAUAGUUUUAUACUUAUUGAUAAAGAUAUGAAUGCAUCUGUUCAACCCUUCUUCAUACCCGUUGAUGUUCAAAUUAAAAAAAUAUUGGAGGUUUACAAUUUUCAAAUGAUGCACAAGCAACGUUUGAAUCAAGCACAAACUGAAAAAUAUCAAUACGCUAAAGGACAAUUAUUUUCCUGUUAUAAUAAAUUAAAAGGAAUCAUGAGUGAGAAUAAAAUGAUGAGGAAUAUGUUACUGAACAACAAUAGAAGUUGUCAUUCAAACGCAGGCGCUUUUAUGACUAGUACGCCAUCUGUUACUAACGAUGGCAUGUCAACAUUUACACCUAUCGUUCCUAAUACUAAACAAAUACCUGGAUAUGCCCAAAGAUUACAGACGUUUGAUAUCAGAAGAAAUCCCGAUCAACAAAAUAUUAAUAGAAAUAUUCGUCCGAAUGUAAAUUUGAUAUCGGAAAAUGCUGCCGCUAUGAACGAUGACGUCAUAUCGCAAGAUUACGGAAUCGAUGUUUCGUUACAACUCCAAACACCGAUUCUCGAUAAAAAUAAAAAAAUUCACGGUUAUCCCCGCAUAUAUCACGGAAGGGGUGGUUCGAGAGGUAUGCCGAUACCGCACAAUCAACCGAGACGGUUUUUCUUUGGCGAUCCCGUCUCUGAACAUUCUAGUACCACGCGGAUAUGUUGGAGAUCGAGAAUCACUUCUAGUACAGCUGUUGGACACGAUUUCUUGGCACCGGUUGCACGCUCGGAUAACAGAGCUGCCAUAGUGGCCUCAACGGCCGAAAAGGUGCUGCAAGAUCCAGCUCGUUUGAGUAGGAACGGCGAACUCACCGAUGGACCUAGAACCCAUCAUUGGUGUAGCUUCAACGGUCCAAAAAAUAUAGUAAAUAGGCACGAAAUCCGAUUAGUAACUGGAUACUGUCGUUUAAGAAGCCCUUUCCACACCAAGGGCAUCACGGACGAUCCUUUGGUGCAUGUCCUUGCCCGCCCACAAUGUACUCGAUUAGAAAGAGCUACAACAUUAGACAACCACGUCCAAAUAAAUGUUAGAUAA